AUGAAGUUUUUAAUUUUUGUAAUACUCCUGACGGCGGCUACAGCUUUUGCAAGUACGCAUGUAAAUGUUUCAUUCACUCAACAUCAUUCAAGUUCUGGCUCCAAAUUAUCCGAAUCACGAAAUGAUCAAGUUCAACUUAAAGCAUCUGACUCUUUUGAACAAUUUAAUAAUGACGAUCAAAAUGGCCGUUUCGCUAGGAUACAAGAAGACAGAAAAGAAAGCAUUGAUUUUAAAAAUAAUCAGAAAGUUGAGUCAGAUGCCAAUUUCGUCGGUUCGAACUCACAGAACCAUCAGCGAAGCUUUUACACUUCCAAUCACGGAGUUCACCAGAACCAGGAUCAGUUUGAGAACAUAAGCCCGCAGGACAAGCAAAACAUGGAGUUUGAACGCUACAUACAAAAUUAUCAUAGUGGACCUACUGUUGAGACCGUAUAUGAAUCAGCGAAACCAGAAAUGCAACAUUCUUUGACUGCUUCAGCUGAUCACGAAGGGAGCCAACGUGUUUCGAAGUUUGAGCGACUCGUUGCACCACCCACAAAAGCAGAUAGUGUUCAAUCUCCCUCUGAUGAAAUUAAACCGAGCACUGCCUCACUGAAUUUACCAUCUUCAUCUGCGUCAUCGUCAUUAUCGCCAUCUGUACCAAGUGUAGCCGUAAGUUCUACGAAUGGUAAGAGUUUUAAUGUAAACCUAAACCAAAAACCAACAUCAGUCGGUAAAGAUGGCUUUAACUUUGACCUAAGUUAUAAUAAACCAAAUUAUAACGAACCCAGUUAUAAAUUCAAUGAGGGUCAUUCUGACGCCCAUUUCUACAAUCAAUUUCCACCCUCAGUCGAGGAACCUCAAAGCGGUUAUGGCCACUAUUAUGGCAAUAACUAUGGUCGACAACAAGUAGCGGAUGGUUAUCAUCCAAUGGAACAGCGUCCUGUUGUCACAAAAACAAUACAAAUUGCUCAACCCGCAAUUAAAGCCAAGAAGUAUGAGGUCCGUCAUCCCGCUAUACAAAAAGAGUUUUACGAUAUUGAAGAACGAGUUGUCAUUAAACCUGCUGGCACUGUAGUAGUAGAAUUAGAGAGACCGUCGGCCAAAAUCCUAAAGGAAGAGACAACGUUACCUCUGGGCCAUCCACAUCCAGCAGUGGCCUCAGCGUACAUGCCCAGCAGAAAUACCCAAUCAUUCAGCAAUAUUAUUUACAGCAACUCUGGAUCCUCAUCAGCAAAUCAUCCAAAUAACCAAUACAUUCCCCAUCAGACUUACAACAACAACGAUCGUCAUUCACCCAGUGCAUCUUCACCCACCUACGAUCAAAGCUCGAAAGAAGUAAUUGCAGAAUCUAACCAAAAUAAACCAUACAGUGGAGGAAAUCAUUUCUCUGCUGCAGCAACAACCGAUGCACCCAAACCUCAAAAUAGAGAAAUUGUAGUAGUAACCGACGGUAAUGGAAAUCAACGUCAAAUUUCACGCGAUGAAACUGACAAUGCUCCAUCAAGACCCGUAUACAACCACAGAAAUUCCUACGCAUAUGAGGAUAAUGCACGCAGCAACCAUUCUCCCCAACGAUCUGGUAUCAGGGAUGGUUUCACUUUUGAUGCUGAAUAUAUCAAUAACUCUGGUAAUACUAAUGUGCGUAAAGAAAACAAACCAGCACGAUUACAAGAGGCAUCCUCAAGAGUGACUGAACAAACGCAACAAAUGCAACCCAUAAUAAAACAUGAACAUAAAAUAGUAUUGUCACCUAGUCAACAUAAUAUUUACUUAAGUCGUAAUGUAGAAGUGCCCAAAAUGAAAUUUAUUGAAGAAACGGCUCAAGUUCAAGAAAUAAAACCCUUCUUGCUAAAUCAUCAAGGGCCUGUUGUGGUCUAUGCUUCGAAUAAGCAAGCACCAGAAGUAAAAUACGUUCAAAGAUCGGAGUAUCAGCCUCAAACUAGAGUAGCAUCGCAAGUUGUACAACAUCGUAAUUUACCACAAAGAAGUCAAUCGGAUGGUGCUGAGAAUCGUGUACAAUACAGUGCUCCACAUGCUCAGUUGCGAUCCCAUUCAGAUGGAGAACAAUAUGCAAAUCAAAAGGAGCACACUCAGAGAAAAUCUGAGAAGUUGAUAGUUGAAGAGAAAUCUGAGAAAGAUCUAAAGAAAAAAUCAAUGGAAAAUACUAUGGAAAAGGAAGCUCCUCAGGCACAUAUAGAAAUAAAAAUUCCCAAUCAAUCAUCACAUGUUGCCGAUAAAGCUAUAGUUGUUAAUUCCAAAAUAAGGUCCAUGAUGAUGGACGACGAUAGUGACCAAACUCACCAUUCCAAAUUGGAAAUUUCUGUUGCAAAUAAAGGGGAACCUAAACAACAACAAACAUCGAAUGACAAACUGGAAAAUAGCGAACAAAUAGAUACUGACGAGAACAAAAACGACAGCGAUAUCGAUAGCGAACAAUUGGCUAAUUUUAAAACAAAACCUGACUGUGAUCAAUCAUCCAUAUCAGCGGAAAGUGGAAAUUACGAAGUAGCACCUGAAUACAAGAAUUAUGGCCAACAGAAAUUCAUGCGUAUUGUCGAAGGAUCAAGUGCUGUUUCUAACGACGCCACGUCAUCUGCUGAAUCCUCAGCUGCUCAAACAAACAUUCAACAUCGUAAUCUAGAUGCCAAUGUAAAAAGUGCUACUGGCCAUGCAAGCUCAUCUGGUUCCCGUGUUAUUGCAGCAACAUCUGCUCCCAAGGAAUCCAUUCCAAGUGAAAGUUUCAACAAAAGACGCAUUGUGGUUAAUCACCCCUUCCAGACUGUACGCGAAGUCGUCGAACAUGAACCCUACACCAAAUACCACGAAGUGCAAGUAAAUGAACCGGCUUCCCCUGUUCACUACCACUCUGCCAACUAUUUCCAAUCGCAUGGUGCUUUGCGUCAAUCUGAUAACGGCCGUUCAACGUAUUAUUAUUAA